AGAGACUGCGGGCUGCACUACAAUGACAGGAUCUGCACUGGAACAAAGGCAAAUCACAUAAUACACCCCCAACCUCUGGACCCAGCACCGGGGCAUGGAGGAAGCUGCAUGACCUACAGGGUGUGCACACAAGAUAUUCACGAAUCUAAUGAAAGUGAAACCGUUUUAGUGACUAAAUUACUUCACAAAGAAAAUAAUUAUGAGUGUCUCAUCACUACUGUCCCGAGGAGCAGUGGAUAUUCUUGAGGAGCUCCAGAUGUUGACAGCGAAGACGAUGGAGAAAGUAGAAAUCACAAAACAAUAUGAAGUCAUCAGGGAGCUUGGGAAAGGGACAUAUGGAAGAGUUGAUCUGGUGAUCCAUAAAGCAAGAGGUAUAAAGAUGGCCUUAAAAUUUUUGAGGAAGAAAACAACAAAACAAAAGAGUUUCCUGCAGGAAUAUUGUAUUUCACGCUACCUGUCAGCCUGUCCCUAUAUUAUUGGCAUGUACGACAUUGCAUUCGAGACAGAUGAAUACUACGUGUUUGCACAAGAAUAUGCCGUGGCUGGGGACCUCUUUGAUAUCAUCCCUCCUCAGGUUGGUCUCUCCGAGCAUACAACCAAACGCUGCAUCUACCAAGUAGCAUUAGCCCUGGAUUAUCUCCACCACCGAAAGCUUGUCCACCGCGAUAUCAAACCAGAAAAUAUUCUCAUUUUUGACAAAGAAUGCCGAAAAAUUAAACUCUCAGAUUUUGGCAUGACCAGGAUUGCCGGCACCACGGAAAAACGUGUUAGUGGAACCAUCCCUUACACUGCUCCCGAACUGUGCGAAACAUCAAAACACAGUGGAUUCUUGGUGGAAUAUAGUAUCGACGUCUGGGCCUUUGGGGUCCUUCUGUUCUGCAUGAUGACUGGGAAUUUCCCUUGGGAAAAAGCAUUACAUUCAGACUCGUUUUACUAUGAAUUUUACCAGUGGCAAAAAUACAAGAAUGCCAACGUGCCAUCGCAGUGGCGGAGAUUCACCUCUCAUGCCCUUAAAAUGUUUAGCAAAUUGCUUUCCAUUGAGCCGGAGAAAAGAUGCUCCAUUAAGGAUAUCCUCUGGUAUUUUGGCAAGACUUGGCUGGUCACUAAGGAAGACUCCCAUCCUUCAGAGGCAAAAAACAACGGCGAAGUCUUUGUACACAUUAAGACGCAAGCUCUUCCUUACAUCAAUGGCAACACUCUAGAUAACAAUAAAAGCGACACCAGCCCCAGUUUAUCCUUCUCCUCGUGCAGCAGCUACGAGGACGUCCCGAAAGAGAGCAACGCAAAUACCAUCUUAGUGUCUGCGCCCAUCGAGAUAUGCGUAUGAAAUGUCUUCUUCACCGUGUACUAUAUACAGACGGAGCAGUUUUCUUUUGGACUAAUGGCAUGAGCAGAAGAUGUCAUCUUGGACAUCAAUCGCGUCGUCCACAUACAUGCUACACUUUAAUAGCCUGAGAAGUCAAUGGAGCUGUGUAGAUGAGAGCAUGCCCAACAAUCAGAAAUACUCGAUGUUAUCCUGAUGGCCAACUGUUGGUGAUGUCCAGGCCUUUGCCCAUCUGUGGCCAUGUAUAUGUUACGACAAAAUCGCAUCUUGAUUAUCUUGAACCAUGAAUUCACAAAAUAAUAAC